UUAUUUUUGCGCAGUGUUUGUGCGCAACUGCAAUGGAAGUAUUAAAGAAAAUCAUGUUACAACCUAAUGGCACACUUUUACGUAUUGAUUACUCGUAGACACUGUUAAUGAAGUGUGCACCAACAAAAAUACAUGUAUUAAUUGAUCUAGCAUUUCAUAAUUAGUGACUAUUUUGCAUUCUGCCGUUAUGACGUUAUUGACGAUGCCUCCUGGAGAUGUCAUUUGUAAAUCAGCCUCGUUUGGAAAUACUACAAUUGAAGAUAUAAACUUGUGAGACACUUUAAUUUAUAAUUGAUUUUGCUUUCAUGAUUUUAAUAUCUUGUAAAUUUGACAGAUAAACAAAUACAACUUAAAAUUGAAUCAGAUAAUUAUACAUGUGUGAAUUCUUGCACAUUUUGACAUUAAAUUUGUGCUUUGAAUUCCUUUCAAGUGAUGAACACCUUCAUUCACACAAAACUAGCACAGAUAAUAUCAAGUAGAAUGUGUUUUUGAAUUUGUUUUGACUUCAUGAAGAAGUUUCCGUGACAUAAAUGUUAACUGAAGGUUUAGUAUUCUGUAUUUAUGUGGGAAAGUGUGAACAUUAUACUAGGUGUCUAAAGAUCUUACUAUUUAAUGUGUGAUUUGCCAUGUCAAUAUCUAAAAAGGCAACUAAAGGCAAAGGAAAUGAUGCUGUAGCUUCGAGACUUGCUGAUUUUACUGGUGAAAACGAAAUACCUAUCCUCGGAAAUAUCAAAAUGUCAUCAUCGCUGGAACAGGAUGAUGCCAAUUCCGGGCCAGAGUUUGAUUCUAAUAUGGAUGCACUGUCAAGUUCCUUAGAGUUAUCUAGCCUUGCAGGUGAUCAAGAACUUUACAGAAGACAGGAUAAGAAAGACAAGUCUGCAAGCUUUGCUGCAGCACAGCCUGGUAACACAUUGAAAACUGUGCAAUUGAUGAUGCCUGGACAGCCUAAACCUAAAUCCAGCAAUAGAAAAAAUCCAUUGAAAGCGGAUUUGGAUGUUGGGAAAGUAUUCAAGAAAUGUAAGGAAGACCAGUCCACACGGCUGGACCUUAGUAAAUCACAGAUAACAGUGAUACCACAGAGCGUAAAAGAGUUAGUACAUCUGAAAGAGCUGUAUCUCUAUGGCAACAAGAUCGUGCAGUUACCUGUUGAGAUGGGAUCACUAAUAAACCUGGAGACAUUUGCACUGAACGAGAAUUCGCUCACAAACCUUCCCGAGUCCAUGGCUUGUCUAGAGAAGCUGCGACUUCUAGACUUGAGGCACAAUCGACUUACAGAGAUUCCAGAGGUGGUGUAUCAGCUGAAGUCUCUGACAACCUUGUUGAUACGCUUUAACAGAAUUAAAACUGUAGGAGAGGGCAUUAGGAAUUUAGUAAAUUUAACAAUGUUUACAUUACGAGAGAACAAGAUACGAGAAUUACCAAAGGGUAUUGGCUGCUUGGUCAAUCUGAGCACGUUCGAUGUGUCCCACAAUCACCUGGAGCACCUACCUCCUGAGAUUGGCAAAUGUGUGAUGUUAAGUUCCCUAGACCUCCAGCACAAUGAGUUACUAGACAUCCCAGACACUCUAGGAAACCUCACAUCCCUUACUAGACUAGGACUCAGAUAUAAUCAGCUGACGUGUGUGCCGGCAUCACUAGCCAACUGUACCUUGAUGGAUGAGUUCAAUGUGGAGGGAAAUAAUAUAUCAUUACUGCCUGAGGGGUUGUUAUCCAGUUUGACAAGCCUGAAGGCUUUGACCGUACCUCGCAACGCAUUCCAUGCGUACCCAACAGGCGGGCCAUCACAGUUUGUCUCUGUUGAGUCGAUCAACAUGGAACACAACCAGAUCAACAAAAUUCCAUAUGGGAUAUUCUCCCAGGCAAAGUAUCUCUCCAAGCUUAAUAUGAAGGAUAAUCAGCUAACCUCUCUACCUCUCGAUAUCGCCCAAUGGACGAAUAUGGUAGAGUUGAAUCUCGGCACGAACCAACUCACUCGUAUCCCAGAUGAUAUUCAGAACCUUGAGAAGUUGGAGGUCCUAAUACUUAGUAAUAACUUAUUAAAGAGGCUUCCAGCUUCAAUAGGAAACUUAAAGAAGUUACAAGUUCUAGACUUAGAAGAAAAUAAAUUGGAGUCUCUUCCACAAGAAAUAGGUCAACUCCGCGAACUUAGACGACUUGUUGUCCAAACAAAUCAGUUGACAUCCUUGCCUCGGGCUAUUGGGUGUCUAAGUAACUUGCAGUAUUUAGGUGCUGGGGAAAACCACCUCUCUUCCAUACCAACAGAAAUAGGUGCUUUGGAAAGUCUAGAAUCGCUAUAUAUCAAUGACAACGCUGAGCUCCAUUCGUUGCCAUUUGAGCUGGCACUGUGUUACAACCUGCAGAUCAUGAGUAUUGAGAACUGCCCACUUAGUAAGCUGCCAGCAGAGAUUGUAGCACGAGGACCAUCAUUAGUCAUACAGUUUUUGAAGAUGAAUGGACAGUAUUGCCAAAUGUGAUGUGAUGGAAGGUAUCAAGCAAAGUGUGACAGACAGUAUUGCCAAAUGUGAUGUGAUGGAAGGUAUCAAGCAAAGUGUUAUUAAAACAGGUUAGAACCACAACCCAAACUAAUGCAGGGAAACAACUAUUUAAGCUUCUGUGUGAAACUUUGUUGUUACACCUUCAUAAGAACAGUCAAAGAUUCUUAGUGAAAUAUUUAAUAUAGUGUCUUAAAUUUAUCAUAAGUAAUAAGUGGUCAUAGUUUGUGUUGUUGUGACCUACAUAAAUUUGUAGGGAGUAGUACGGUUUAAUGGCUUUUUUGUCUUCUGAAUUUUUGCGAUAUUUUUUAUUUAUCACCGUGCUAAAAAUUACAUGUGUAAUCUAUUAUGAACAUUUUAAAUGUUUGAUUUUUAGCUCACCUGAUUGCUCAGGUGAGCUUUUGUGACCGGUCUUUGUCCGUCGUAAGUCCGUCCGUCCGUCCGUUAACAUUUGCUCGUAAACACUCUAGAGGCCACAUUUCUUGUCCCAUCUAUAUGAAACUUGGUCAGAAGCUUUGUCCCAAUGAAAUCUCGGCCAAGUUCGAAACUGGGUUGUGCCGGGUCAAAAACUAGGUUACUAGGUCAAAAAAAAGAAAAACCUUGUAAACACUGUAGAAGUCACAUUUCAUGCCCAAUCUUCAUGUUACUUUGUCAAAAUGUUUGUCUUAAUGAUAUCUUGGUUGAGUUCAAAAGUGGUUCCGAUACGUUGAAAAACAUGUCCGCCAGUGGGCGGGGCAGUUUUCCUUAUUUGGCUAUAGAGAAACCUUGUAAACACUCUAGAAGUCACAAUUUUUGCCCAAUCAUCAUGAAAGUUGGUCAAAACAUUGGUUCAAUUGAUGUCUCGGACGAGUUCGAAAAUGGUCGAGAUCGGUGAAAAAACAUGGCCGCCAAUGGGCGAGGCAUUUUUCUCUAUAUGUAUAAAGUGGCAGUUUUCCCUAUUUGGCUAUAGAGAAACCUUGUAAACACUCUAGAAGUCACAAUUUUUGCCCAAUCAUCAUGAAAGUUGGUCAAAACAUUGGUUUUAUUGAUAUCUCGGACAAGUUUAAAAAUGGUCGGGAUCGGUGAAAAAACAUGGCCGCCUGUGGGCGGGGCAUUUUUCUCUAUGUAUAUAGUGAAAACAUGUGAACACAGUAGAAGUCACAUUUUUGGCCCAAUUUUCAUAAAAAUUUGCUCAGAACAUUCGUUUUCUUGAUACGAGAGUUGAGUUCAAAAAUAGUUCUGGUCAGUUGAAUAACAUGGCUGCUGGGAGGUGGGCAGUUUUCUUAUUAUGCCCCCCCCCCCUUUCGAAGAAGAGGGGGGAUAUUGUUUUGCUCAUGUCGGUCCGUCCGUCCACCAGAUAGUUUCCGGAUGAUAACUCAAGAGUGCUUAUGCCAAGGAUCAUGAAACUCUGUAGGUACAUUGAUCAUGACUUGCAGAUGACUCCUAUUGAUUUUCAGGUCACUAGGUCAAAGGUCAGGAUCACGAUUACCCGAAAUAGUAAAAUGGUUUCCGGAUGAUAACUCAAGAACACUUAUGCCUGGGAUCAUGAAACUUCAUAGAUACAUUGAUCAUGACUCGCAGAUGACCCCUAUUUAUUUUCAGGUCAAAGGUCAAGGUCACGGUGGCCCAAAGCAGUAAAAUGGUUUCCGGAUGAUAACUCAAGAACGCCUAUGCCUAGGAUCAUGAAACUUCAUAGAUACAUUAAUCAUGACUCACAGAUAACCCCUAUAGAUUUUCAGGUCACUAGGUCAAAGGUCAAGGUCAGGAUUACCCGAAAUAGUAAAAUGGUUUCCGGAUGAUAACUCAAGAACGCUUAGGCCUAGGAUCAUGAAACUUCAUAGGUACAUUGAUCAUAACUCGUAGAUGACCCCUAUUGAUUUUCAGGUCACUAGGUCAAAGGUCAAGGUCACGAUGACCCGAAAUAAUAAAAUGGUUUCCGGAUGAUAACUCAAGAAUGCUUAGGCCUAGGAGCAUGAAACUUCAUAGGUACAUUAAUCAUGACUCUUAGAUGACCCCUAUUGAUUUUCAGGUCACUAGGUCAAAGGUCAAGGUCACAGUGACCCGAAAUAGUAGAAUGGUUUCCAGAUGAUAACUCAAGAACGCUUAUGCCUAGGAUCAUGAAACUUCAUAGGCACAUUGAUCAUGACUCGAAGAUGACCCCUAUUUAUUUUCAGGUCACUAGGUCAAAGGUCAAGGUCACGGUGACCUGAAAUAGUAAAAUGGUUUCUGGAUAAUAACUCAAGAACGCUUAUGCCUAGGUAUAAUGAUCAUGACUCGCAGAUGACCCCUAUUCAGGUCACUAGGUCAAAGGUCAAGGUCACAGUGCCAAAAAAUGUAUUCACACAAUGGCUGUCAAGGUCACGGUGACUCAACUUAGAAAAAUCGUUUCCGGAUGAUAACUCAAGAAUGCUUACGCCUAGGAUCAUGAAACUUCAUAGGUACAUUGAUCAUGACUCGCAGAUGAAAUAAUGAUGGAACUUGACCAGGAUGUUUGUCUGGACAAUAUCUAGGUCAAGUUUGACAUUUGGUAAAGAUUGAAUGAACCGACUCCUCUCAGGUGAGCAAACUAGGGCAAUAUUGGCCCUCUUGUUGGUAUAUUUGGCAGGAUAGAAACGGGAACAUUUGUAACAUAUUUUAAAUUUAGGGUAAAUUUAAAAUUUAGAAAAUUAAUAGUGUUUGCACCUAACAUUGUUUAUUUCUUAAAACACAAUGUAUUUCUUUACCUUAACUCAUGUAUUUGAUUUCUGUGACAGAAACAUUUCCCUGAAUUGGUCCAAUAUUUUUUUGAAGAGGGAAAAUAUUUUAAUGCUGGUGUCUUUAAAUUUAAAAAAUAUUUUGUUAUCAAGUAUUUAACAAAAGCUUUAUACUGCAAUACUGCAAAAGCUGUAUUUUAACUUGUGUGCAUUGUUAAAAUGAUUCCUAUCACAAACAUCUCAUAUUUUGCUGUUUGACAGCUGCAUCAGCUGAAGUAUGUAAAUCUGUGGCUUCAUUGUCGUAGGUUGUGUGUUUUUUAUGCCCCCCGGGUAGGGUUGCAUAUAGCAGUUGAACUGUCAGUCCGUUAGUCUGUCUGUGUGUCCGUCCGAAAACUUUAACAUCGGCCAUAACUUUUGCAAUAUUGAAGAUAGCAACUUUGCAUGCAUGUGUAUCUGUUGAAGCUGCACAUUUUGAGUGGUGAAAGGUCAAGGUCAUCUUUCAAGGUCAAGAGUAAAAAAAUACAAUCCAAGGGAAGUAAUAAGCUUGAAAAGGGAGAUAAUUUCUAAACCUGCCAAAUGAUAUAUUGAAUGAAAUUUAUUUCAAAGCGCCUAAAUAGGGGGCAUUGUGUUUCAGACAAACACAUCUCUUGUUUAUUAUUAAUGCAGAUCUUUCAUGAAAAUUCUUCUUGGUUUAUUCAUAUGCAUUGAAAUUCUACUCAUUCUUGGCACUGUCUAUGGUAUUUUAUUGAAAAUUAUAUCUGCAUGGAAGUAUCUUAAUUGUUAAUGUUUCACUGUUUGAGAGUUGAGAAGGAAACUGUUGUUAGUGUUUAAUAUUUCCACAUUAGAUAACACAGUUUUACACUCAUCAGGUCUACUACUUUCACCCUCAAUCUUAGAGUUGAUGAUUAACUUGGCAAGUGGCAGAGAUUGACACCCUCGCAUAUUUUUUACUAUCCCACAUCUCUGGUGUGUCUUAUUGGGUGCAAUUUUUCAAGGUGGUUAGGCAUUUGAUCAGGUUCGUUAACUAUUUUUUGUUAGUGAUAAAAUAUGUAAAAAUCACCCAUGAAAUAAAAAAUAAAUUACAGAAAAUAAAUUGAAAUAGACAUGAAAGUUCAGUCUGUUAAUAUAUCAAAUCAAAAGAUAUUUUACUACCUGUAUAUGGUAUCUUUAUGACAUUUUUUCGGUUACUUUAUCUUGUUGCCUAUCUUGUUGAUUUCAGAGCUAAUUUUGAAACUAAACAAUGAAAAAAAAAAAAGCAUGUCAGUUUUCGCGAAAGCUUCUUAAGAAAGACGUUCAUUAGACAUGUUCAGAAAACAUGCUGGUCCAACUGUUAAUUUUGAAGUUAAAGACUGCCAGACAAGAAAUUUUGCAAAGAGAAAAUUGGCAUUUCAUGGGUGUCAAAGAUUCACGUUGGUUAUUGUGUUCUACGUCUGUUUGAAAUUUCAGCCUACUCAAUGUCAUCCAUGAUUGAAGCCAUUUUGUAUUUGAAUCUUGACUCAUUACUCUCUCAUUAUUGAUAUGUACGUGGGGAACUGAAUGAACAUAUUUUUAACAUACAAAAAAUAUAUUAGCUAGUCUGUGGGAAAACCUGGUUUCAUGCAUGAGCAAAAAGAAUAGUCCCAUUUUAGCCUGUGCAGUCUACACAGGCUGAUCUUGGACUUUAUUUUCCGCUUUUAUGUCAUUUUCCUUCAAGGAGUCUCUACAUAACGUAAUUCCAGUCCUGUGCAGAGUGUGUACCCAAUAUAAAAAUAAUGUAAACAUUUAUAUUGAAAAUAAAACAUAGUGGGACAUUAUUCCAAAACUUAUGUAGACCUUUUGGUGAAAAAAAUGCAGAGCUUUGUCUUUAGUUGUGCUAUUUGAUCUAGUCAUAUUUUGUCAAAACUUUGAUAUUCAUUUACAAGAACAGCCAAGAUACUCAAAUAAAAAAUGGUGCUCAUUAGAUUCUUGUUUAGUAAUGUUUCAUUAUCUGACACAUCUUGUAUUCAAAUCCAUGCUUAUGUGUUUCCUCUUUCACACAUAUUAUGAAAAAACACUUUCAUCUUGUAUGUUUGAUUGAAAUGAUAUCAGUUGGUUUCAUAUUUCAAGUUUGUUUCUCUUUUGUUAAUAUUAUUGUCCCCUACCGGUUUCAUCGGAGGGGACUUAUGGUUUUCGCUCUGUGUGUCCGUCAGUCUGUCACACCUUACUGGAUCCUGCGAUAACUUUAAAAGUGAUUUUUUCAUGAAACUUGAAACUUGGAUAGAUGGUAAUAUUGACAUUAUGCAUGUCAUUUCAUUUUGUUCCUACGUCAAGAAUUCUGGUUGCUAUGGCAACACAUAGACUAAAAAUACUGCUGGAAAUGGUGGAUCCUGCACACUUUUCUGGAUCCUGUGAUAACUAUAAAAGUUCUUCAUAUGUUUUCAUCAAAUUUGAAACAUGGUUAAAUGGCAAUAUGGACAUUAUGCAUGUUAUUUAAUGUUCUUGGUACGUCAAAAAUUCUGGUUGCUAUGGCAAGUUAUAAAAAAAUAAAUUCUGACAUAGGUGGAGCCGGCAGGGGACAUGUAUUGCUUGGCAAUAGUCUUGUUGACUUGUUACUAUUAUAAGUACAGAUAUUUUAGUGCUGUUUCAUAUUUGUUUAACACUUCUUGAUUUUGUGUACUCUUAUUUUGAUAACUUUUAUGUUAUGUUAAUUUCAUAAAGAAAUGUCCCUGGAAAACCUUAGUGAUGUACUGUUCUUAAAUCUGUUGCAGAUAUUCAUUUUUGUAUGGUAAAUUUAGAUUAUAAAAAUGUAUCAAAUAGACCUAUAUUUGCAAUCAACAUGUAUGCCAUGGAAGCAUUUUGAACUCGCUUUGUCAAUAUGGAAUACGCCUAACAAUCAGGACGUCUUAUAUUUGAUAAAAUCUCUUGGAGCUUUAUUACAAUCUACUAGGAAACAAAUCAGUCUAGGAUGCAAUCAAGCAAACAUGAAAAGUUUUAAACUAAAAUUAACAAAUGUCUCCUGUUAGAUAUAAGGUUGGUUAUGCCUGCAGCUGCAUCUCCUAAUUUGUAAAGCCAUGUGUUAUCAAGCAAUUGGCUUUAAUGGAAAGAUUUUAGGUCAGGAAUGAAUACUGACAGCUUGCUUCAAGUAAAACUUAGCAAUGACAAUUAAGUUAAUUUAAUUGUUACAAGUUUUACAUACAAGUGUUAAAGUGGUAUUUUCAGUGUUGAAGAAAUUCCAUAGUGCUAGUGUUAAAAAUAUAUUUUUUUCAGACAUUAUUGUUAUAUAUAUUUGUCACAUGUAAAUUAUGUUCAUGUUAGGUCAAUUUAUAGUUGGUUUUAUUAUUGUCAUGUUGAUUCUGAAGAAGGUACGCUAAUAUGCUUCAAUCUAAUGCUGUUUUUUUCCCAUAUUACAAAUAACUGCCAAUAUUUUCUGACAACAUCAUAUUUCUGUAUACAUAACUACAUUUAUCUAAAAAUAUGUUUAUAUUUUGUAGAAUUGGGCAUUGUUUUGUGAAUUGUAAAAGCAUUUUAUGUAGUGUCUUUGUUAUGCAUGAUAGAAAAAAUAUAUACAAAAAAUAUUCUAAUAAUGUUAAAAAAUGUUUCAAAGUCCUAUUAUGAAAACUUCCAAUGUGGGAGGGAGGUGGCAUCUAUGUAAACAAUGUCUGCUCAGUACUCAGUUCAAAUCAUAUCAUAAUUAAACUUGGGGAUAAUGUUUGUGGUCAUAAAAUCACAACAAAGUUCAAUAAAUAGCACAAUAUAAUGAUGGACAUCAGAAAAGUGGCAGUUUAAAAUAUAAAAUAAUGGUCAAAAAAACCUUGUCCGAUCUGUAAUAGUUUUAUUUGCAUCAUCAAACAUGGUGACAGUAGGAAUGGGCCUCUUAUCUGAAACAAGAUAUUCAGCCAGGAUCACGUGAAUCAAUACUGAAUUAUGACCUUGAGAUAUCCAAAAUGUGCUUAAUGUCCUCUUCUUUCUAUGAGUUGUUUUUUGCCUGAACAACUUUAAUUUGGCAUGAACCGAUCUUGUUGUCACUUCAGAUAUAUCAAAUUGAACAAAUGACAAUAUAUACAAUGACAAUAUAUAUUUAGGGUUACUUGGGUCAAGGUCAUUGAUAUAAAAUGUAAUCAGCUCAAUUCAAUAUUAUAUAAAUAAAAUAUCCCUUUCCCAUUCAGAAGCAAAUUGAAAAUGGCUAUGUGAAAACAGCAUAAAACCAGCCUGCAAGUAACUGGCAGUCUGUUCAGGUGUAAUGCAGUUUGCUGCUAAUCAGUAACUUAGAGUUGGAAAUGAUGUAUUUAAAACUUGAAUCUAGUAAAAAAGGUCUUCAAUAAAUAAAAUUAAACUUGCUUAGGGACUACAAAUGUGUCAAAAUAUGUAUCUAAGUGGUAUAGGAUGAAGUUAUAUUGAGGUAUUGCAUUCAAAUUGUGUGCUAGUCAGUGCAAAGGUUACAAGAGAUCUGAUUGAGAUAUUAUGCUGAAAUUGUAUGUAUAGGUAGCUUACUUGCACACCCAACUUGAGUUGGCACAUUAAUUAUUGUAACUUUACAGAAGACCUGGUUUCAUAAAUAGUAUUAUUUAUUAUUUUUUGGCCAUCAUUUAUGCUACAAAAAAACACAAUUUGUCACAGAUUCAUGCAACACAGACCUUAAAACCGGUAUUUUGUGACAAGUUGGAACUUUUUUUUAGGUGCACACUACAUAAAUAAUUUUACUUAAUGGUUCAUGAAUUUUAAGGUAUUUUAGUAUCUCAAGUUGUUAAAAAUACUGAUAGAAAACAAAUAAUGUUAAGAAGGAAAAAAGGCUCACAUUAAUACACAUAUAUUGAUCAAAUGAAAUGUACAAGGAAGAUUUUACUAGCCAUGGAACAGUAUUCAAAAUGACACUGUACUCUUUGUGAUGGAUCUUAUUAGACAUUGGGUUGUUGGUCUAAACAGACUUAAUAAAAGCCAUAAGUAUAAUUGUUAUCUUGUACUGAAAAUCCUACUGCUAUGGCUCCUCAUAAUAAAUCUUUAGUUUGUAAGCACCAGUAAUAUUGAAUAGUGCAUCAUUUCUGCAUGUGAAAUUUUACAUGUGGGUUUGGUGAGCGUGUUAUGACGUUUCUCAGACGUAUAUAGUACACAAUUGUGUGCGCACUGUUUGAUAUUUUAUGUAAUAUAUGUAUAAUUUGUAUGAGCACUUAUAUAAAUUACUUUUGUAGAUUUUUGUUUUCUUGUAAUUUGGCAACUGUCUUUGUGUUUGGUGUUGCCAAUUGACAGAUAGUAUGUGGUAAAAUGUUCAAAUACCUGCUUGUUACCAUUAAUGCAUAAUACAUUUUGUUGAUCAUUUUAGGAUGCAAUUAUUUCUUACUUAUGUUAACAUUUGUCCUUGUCAAUGUCUUUAAGUUCAGGAGACUUUAGUCAUUGUUGAUUUAUUAGGGAGUGAACUAUUUUCAUGAUCAUAGUCGAUCACGAUAGCUAACACUAGUUCAUUGAGAAUUCAAUGUUGUCUUCAUUGAGAAGACUUUAUGUCGGUAUAUCAAGGUACUAGACUUGCUGCUUAAUAUACUUUGUGCAGGUUUGUGCACUUUAUAUUUUAUUUUUAGGUUAAACAAGUUUAUAACAAAACACACAAAUACAAACAAAAUAUCAGUUUCUGACCAGAAAUGUAAAUGUUUUAUUUACACUACAUGGUAUUGCCAUUAAUUGAUUUAAUGUGCAUCAUACCAAAAAGGUAAGCUAUGCCAUAUCUCUACUGAUAGAAUUUUAAACUUUAUAUUGUAGGUACUUUUCAACAGAUGUUUGAGAGAUCAUGCAAAAUGUAACACAUAUGUUACAGCAUUCAAUGUGCUAUUUACAUGGAUAUUGAUAGAGAUGUAGUGGUGGAGACCGCUAGGUCUCACCAUGUCAUGUUGUUGUUUUUGUUGUACAAGUCUUCGUACUGAUUUAAAAUAAAAACAUUGCAAAUCUUUUA